CUGGCUCCGAGGCUCUGGGUGCGGUUGGGACGCUCCUUCCCCCUGCGUUGGCGGUGGGUUUCCUGUCGGGGGGUGGGGCUCUUCCCCCCAUCCUCGACUCCCGCUUUGGACUUGGUGGCCGAUGACGUUCCGUCUCGUGGAAGGCGAAGCCCGGGUUACUGCCACAGCCACGAAGCCCCGAGCAUUUAGCACUUUGGGGAAGAUGCUACUCGCCUUUUGGGAACUUGUGUUGGAGCAGCCAGGGGGUGGAAUAUUUGCAGGGGUGAAGCGGCCUGAGGUGAUAUGAUGAGUCUUUUGACAUGCUGAGGUCGUGUAGGGGCUUUUACCUGCACGUUUUAUGCAUUUCAAGUAUGGACUGUAUGCGCCCCGCCUCCUAACACAGGGUGUGAAUCGAGGCCAGUGGGGGAGCAGAAAAAGCAGAGCUCCUCCAGGCCACAGAAGAAGCCCGACUUUUGAGGGCACUGUCUUCUGGAGCCGUGUCAGUUCCAAAAGCUCCAGUCCUUCUCUGAGAGGGAGACCAGGUGAUGGCAGCCAUGCUCCUGACAGCCUGGCCCCAGUAAAUAUUGAUAUCCAGACUGACAAUAAUUUGACAGAGGAAAUGUAUGAAGAAAAACAUAAUACAUCAUUUGAACUUCAAAGGAACUCGUCCCAGGAAACAGACUUUUCAGAAACCUAUAUUCUAGAGAAACAGCAGGAAGUCCACUCAGUAGGAAGUAUGGAGAAAGAAAACAGGAGUGUCAUUGAUGGGACAGUGAAAGACGAUAUAAGCCCCAUGGAGGAGUGUUUCUUUAGGCAAAGUCCAAACUUGAAUCAGUGUCAUACCAUCUCUGCUGGAGAUCAGCCCCCUGAGUGUACAGGAUUGGAGAAAGCCUUCAGCUUUGACACAAAACCUAUUCAACAUGAAAUAAUUAAUUCUGGGGAAAGACCUUUCAAAUGUGAAGAAUUAGUGGAAAGCUUUAGGUGUAACUCUCAACUUAAUCAGGAUCAAGAUAGCUACACUGGGGAGAAGCCCCAUCAACCUAAGGAGUGUGGCAAAGCCGUUAGCAUUAAUGCAAAAUUAAUUUGGCAACAAAGACUUCACAGUGGGGAGAAGCCCUUCAAAUGUGUAGAGUGUGGAAAAAGCUUCAGUUACAGUUCCCAUUAUAUCACACAUCAGACUAUCCACAGUGGGGAGAAGCCCUAUCAGUGUAAGGUGUGUGGCAAAGCCUUCAGCGUUAAUGGGAGUCUGAGUAGGCAUCAGAGAAUCCAUACAGGAGAGAGGCCCUAUCAGUGCAAGGAGUGUGGGAAUGGCUUUAGCUGCAGUUCUGCAUAUAUCACACAUCAGAGAGUCCACACUGGAGAGAAACCUUACGAGUGUAAUGACUGUGGGAAAGCUUUCAAUGUUAAUGCAAAAUUAAUUCAACAUCAGAGGAUCCACACUGGAGAGAAACCUUAUGAAUGUAAUGAGUGUGGGAAAGGCUUCAGGUGCAGCUCCCAGCUUAGGCAGCAUCAGAGCAUCCACACUGGAGAGAGACCCUAUCAGUGUAAGGAGUGUGGAAAAGCCUUUAGUAAUAAUGCAAAACUCAUUCAGCAUCAAAGAAUUCACACAGGAGAGAAACCCUAUGCGUGUACUGAAUGUGGAAAAGCCUUUGGCGUCAAAGGGAAGUUAAUCCAGCACCAGAGAAUCCACACGGGUGAGAAACCCUAUGAGUGUAAAGAAUGUGGGAAAGCCUUCAGAUGUAACUCCCAGCUUCGUCAGCAUCUGAGAAUCCACACCGGGGAGAAGCCCUAUGAGUGUAAUGAGUGUGGAAAGGCCUUCAACGUUAAUGCAAAACUAAUGCAGCACCAGAGGAUUCACACUGGGGAGAAGCCCUUUGAAUGUAAUGAGUGUGGGAAAUGCUUUACUUCUAAAAGAAACCUAGUUGAUCAUCACCGAAUCCACACUGGAGAAAAGCCUUAUCAGUGUAAGGAAUGUGGGAAAGCCUUCAGCAUCAAUGCCAAACUAACUAGGCAUCAGAGAAUACACACUGGGGAGAAACCAUUCAAAUGUAUGGAAUGUGAGAAAGCAUUUAGCUGUAGUUCUGACUAUAUUGUACAUCAGAGAAUCCAUACUGGAGAGAAACCCUUUCAAUGUAAGGAGUGUGGAAAAGCCUUCCAUGUUAAUGCCCAUUUAAUUCGGCAUCAGAGAAGCCACACUGGGGAGAAACCUUUCAGAUGUGUGGAGUGUGGCAAAGGCUUCAGCUAUAGUUCUGACUGUAUUAUACAUCAGACUGUCCAUACUUGGAAGAAACCCUAUGUGUGUAAUGUGUGUGGGAAAGCCUUCAGGUUUAGCUUCCAACUUAGUCAGCAUCAGAGUGUCCAUAGUGAAGGAAAGUCCUAAUGAGAAGGAUGUAGAAAACUGUCAAGGUUAAUGCUGAACUAGAUCAAGUAUCCUCAGAUUCACCCUGGUGGAAAACCCUGAGAGAGAAAUGGAUAUGGCAGAGUCUUCACAAGGAAACAAAUCUUUUCCAUUUUAUUCAAUUUUAGAUCAAAAAUGACAACCAGUUUUAAAAUAACAUCCAAAAAUAAAUAGUUUGUUUUAUACCAACAACCAUUAGAAAAUAUAAUGAAAGAAAAUAUCCCCAACAGCAUCAAGAAAAGUUGAUUUUCUAGGUAUAAACUUAGUAGGACCUAUGUGGAGAAAUUAUGAAUCUCUGCUGAGGGGCACAAAAGGAAAGUUAAAUAAAUGGGGGGGAGAGAGAGUGAUACCUUGUUCUUAGAUAGAAAAACUCAUAAAGAUACUACCUACCUAAAUUAAUUUAUUGCCCUUUUACUUUUGACAACAAGCAUGCAUCACUUUUGUAAAGAGGAAAAACAAU